AGGAAGCUGUUUAUGUUUUGUAUAGUUUAUUUGCGAGGGUUUUUCUUGAUUUUUGAGUAUUAUUAUUGUUUUUAAGUCGAUAAUUUACUUCGAAGUUUACAAAGUGGCACGUAUUCGUGAUAAUUGUAUUUAAAUGAACCAUAUCAGAUGUCAAAAGGUGAAUAAAUCUGUGUUUUGUGUAUAACGUGAGAGUGACAGCUUUUUUUGUUUGGGAUUUGGUGUGAUAAACAUUAACGGUACUUACUGCUUUUACUGCCCACGACGGAACGAAAAGGCUUAAAAGGUGUUGCGAGGAAUGCAAAGAGUCCCGGUCUUUCGGAUUAUAGUAUUAACGCGUCGGUACAGUUGAGCGGUGAAGUCCGUGGGUGUGUUUGCUAAUGUUGUGAUAGUUGGCCAGUCAUGGUGCUGUCAUGGCGUGCGCUGGCGCUGCUGGCCGCGCUUGGUGUGUGCGCGAGUGUACCGGACACGUACUACCACAACCACUUCGCUGUGAGGGUGCCCGGUGGAGUUGAGCGGGUGGAUGACAUCGCGAGGCGACACGGCUUCGUCAACCAUGGCCAGAUUGGUGCACUCAAGAACUUCUACCUGCUCUCCCACCACAAAGUCCACAAGCGAUCAACGGAGCCUAGUCAUGAGCAUCACCAAAAGUUGAUCAACGAACCUGAGGUCAAAUGGUUCGAGCAGCAACGGGAGAAGCGGAGAGUCAAACGGGAUUAUAAUCAGGACUCAUUGUUAUCACAAAUCUCUCGAAGAUUGUCCCCGCACAGAGCUCGGCAUCGAGCCAUUUCACCCUCACCAUUUUUUCCAGACCCAUUGUUUAAAGAGCAAUGGUAUUUGGUACGUAAUGGUGGUGCCAAAGAUGGACUUGACAUGAAUGUAUCACCAGCAUGGCAAAAGGGUUACACGGGCAAAGGUGUUGUUGUAUCCAUACUCGACGAUGGUAUUCAAACAAAUCAUCCCGACCUUGCGCAAAACUAUGACCCGCAAGCAUCCACUGACAUAAACGGCAAUGACGACGAUCCAAUGCCUCAAGAUAACGGUGACAAUAAACAUGGAACACGAUGUGCAGGAGAAGUUGCCGGGGUUGCUUACAAUCAGUAUUGUGGUGUUGGAGUAGCCUAUAAUGCUAGUAUCGGUGGUGUUAGAAUGUUAGACGGAGUUGUUAAUGACGCCGUUGAAGCUAGAGCUCUGGGUCUUAACCCUGACCAUAUUGACAUAUAUAGUGCAUCGUGGGGCCCAGAGGACGAUGGAAAAACAGUCGACGGUCCAGGACCAUUAGCGAGAAGGGCAUUUAUUUAUGGAGUAACCAGUGGUAGACGUGGUAAAGGAAGUAUAUUUGUUUGGGCAUCAGGAAACGGUGGUAGGCACACUGAUUCAUGCAAUUGUGAUGGAUACACAAACAGUAUAUUUACCUUAUCAAUAUCAAGCGCUACACAAGGGGGCUAUAAGCCAUGGUACCUAGAAGAGUGUUCAUCAACUUUGGCCAGCACCUACAGUUCAGGUACUCCUGGACACGAUAAGAGCGUGGCUACUGUUGAUAUGGAUGGGAGAUUAAGAGCAGAUCAUAUCUGUACAGUAGAACACACAGGAACUUCCGCCUCUGCUCCAUUAGCUGCCGGUAUUUGUGCCCUUGCAUUAGAAGCCAAUCCAGACCUGACCUGGAGAGAUAUGCAGUAUUUAGUAGUAUUAACUUCACGCUCGCAACCCCUAGAAAAAGAAAAUGGUUGGAUAGUCAACGGUGUUAAAAGAAAAGUCAGUCACAAAUUCGGUUAUGGUUUAAUGGAUGCUUCAGAAAUGGUUAGUUUAGCUGAACAAUGGGUAACAGUUCCUCCUCAACAUAUUUGUAAGUCUCAAGAAAUCAACGAAGAUAAGCAGAUAGAUCCCACUUAUGGGUAUACUCUAAGUGUUCAUAUGGAUGUUAACGGAUGUAGCGGAACUGUAAAUGAAGUGCGCUAUUUAGAACAUGUUCAGUGUAAAAUAUCACUUAGAUUCUUUCCUAGGGGAAAUCUCCGUAUCCUUCUAACUUCUCCUAUGCAAACGACUUCAACUUUAUUAUUUGAAAGGCCUCGAGACGUCGUUAGUUCUAAUUUUGAUGAUUGGCCAUUCUUAAGCGUUCACUUCUGGGGUGAACGAGCUGAAGGUAGGUGGACUCUACAAAUUGUCAAUGCAGGUAAUAGACAUGUCAACCAACCAGGUAUCCUGAAGAAGUGGCAAUUAAUAUUCUACGGUACCUUAUCAAACCCUGUCAGAUUACGUUCUAAAAAGCCAUCUGCAUUAGCACCACCUUUUAGUUUCCCAACCGCUGCUGACGGCUACGAUUCUGUCGGGGAUUCUUUUUACAAUACUGACGCGUUUACUAAUUACCAGAACUUUCCUACUUUAUUUGCCGCCGGAUCAGAUCCGGAAAAGGCAAUAGCCCAACUAGAUGGACAUAACAUCCCUUCACCGCAUGGGGAGAAUGUCCUCGCUGAUAGUAAUGAUAAACGCGUCAUGCAUGAAUGUGACCCUGAAUGCGAUUCUCAAGGAUGUUAUGGAAGUGGACCCACACAGUGUAUAUCCUGUAAACAUUACCGACUCGACGAUACCUGUGUGUCUCGUUGCCCUCCAAGAAGCUAUGCGAACCAAGGUGGAGUAUGCUGGCCUUGUCACGAAUACUGUGAAACUUGUAUUGGGGCCGGACAAGACUCCUGUUUAACUUGUGCGCCAUCGUACCUUUUAGUAGGGGAUUUAGGGGUGUGCACACAGCAAUGUCCUGAUGGAUAUUGGGAAGAUAGCGAUUCAUCUACUUGCCGACCUUGUGCCUCACAUUGUUCUACGUGUUCAGAAAGAGCUCACCUGUGCACAUCUUGUGAACAUCACUUGGUACUUUUUAAUGGAACUUGUUCGGCUUCGUGCCCGCCUUCAACUUAUGAGACUGAUGAUUAUACUUGUGCGAAGUGUCACACAACGUGCGAUUCGUGCAGUGGAUCUGGCGAGAAACAGUGUGUCACUUGUCAUACCUCCAGCUAUAUGCAUGAUGGAAGCUGCGUAAACACGUGUCCCAGUGGAUAUUAUGCUGAUAAGAAAAGGAAAGAGUGUAUGAAAUGCCCACUUGGUUGUUCAACUUGCUUGGCCACGUUCUGUUUGUCGUGCAACUCUAACUGGGAAUUGAACAAGAAGGGUAAAUGUGAAGCCGUUGGCAGUGAUCGAUGUACCGCUACAGAAUUUUCUGAUGGCAGCAAUUGUAACAACUGCCACACUGACUGUGAAUCUUGCUAUGGUGAAACUGAAGCGAAUUGCCUUACCUGUCCAUCGCCCUAUUUGUUACAAAAUCAUAAAUGUGUGACAGAAUGCAGCCGUGGUUACUAUCCUGAAGCAGGCAGGUGUACGCGAUGUUUGCAUGGCUGUGCAACUUGUGUGUCACGACUCAACUGUACUUCUUGUUCAGACUCUUUAAGGUUACAGUCUGGAGCAUGUAGAGCAACAUGCGCUGCUGGAUAUUACGCUGAUCGUAGCAUAUGUUCUAAAUGCUACAUCUCGUGUCGAACAUGCAUUGGACCUAGACGCGACCAGUGCGGUUCAUGUCCAAGCGGAUGGAAGUUAGCUGCUGGGGAGUGCCAUCCCGAGUGUCCUCAAGGUUUCUACCAAACCGAUGACGGCUGUCGUCAUUGCCACCACUACUGCCGCGAGUGCAACGGCUCUGGCCCUCUACACUGCACGUCAUGCCCCCCGCGGUUCAUGUUAGACGGCGGGCUUUGUAUGGAAUGCCUUGGCUCACAAUACUUGGACCUCAGCAAUGAAACUUGUCACGCUUGUGAUGGCUCCUGUCGAACGUGCUCCGGACCUGGCCAGAAUAGUUGCACUGGAUGCUCCAGGCCUUUGAGGCUUGAUAAAUUAAACAACCAAUGCGUGCGGUGUUGCUCGGAACUGGGUAUAUCUGCGAACUCUACGACAACAUCUGAAUGCUGUCACUGCAACUCCGAUACAGGGGAGUGUAAGAGCUCAUCCAUUGCGGGCAAGCGGCGUAACUCCGAGUCGGCCGCCCUGCACACCGUGGCGACCGAACGGCAACCAACCUCGUUCGUCAACGUUGUGAUUGCAGCCGGGGUCGCGACUUUAGUCGUGCUGUCUAUAAUGACGGUGCAGUUAAGGAGAUCUCGUAAGCAACCAGAAGUGCGUUCUCAAGGCGCAAUAUAUUCCCCGCUCGCGUGCAACGACGAAGGCGAAGUCGCUGUGCUCGGGUCGCGAACGACCUUCCUCGCGAGCGAGGGCGAGCCCGAACGUAACGAGCACGAGCCUCUGCUCGAACAUUCCACAUAGCACACUGUGAUGCUAGACGUAAGUGAACUUAACGUAAGCCUAAUGUAACACCGUUUAACGCGUCUUUUUGUAAGAGCAAGCACGUCCUGCAAAAUGUCUUAUAAUGCCUUUUCAUCACUAUAUACUGACUGAGACUGCCUGGUCGGUCUAGGUGUUUUCUCAUAGCCCAGCUUUUAUUUACAGUACCGUGUGAUAAAAUUGUUUAAGCCCACCUAUCUACAUUGAAGCAGCGUGGUGGGCUAUGUUAUACCUCUUUUCGAUUAUAAAAGAGGCAUGUGCCCAACUAGGGCAUACAUAUGGUAAUUAUGGUGAUGGCACUUAAAAUAUUUCGCUGUGCGAGCUUGCUUAUAAGAGCGCGCACACACGUACUACUUUUAUCUCCGUAACAGUUCAGUUUUGUCACACACAUUGAGGACAGUAGUUACGAAUAAUUAAUGACUAUUAUAGAUUCCGGGCGACUUGUCAAGUUCCGGGUGACUUGUCCUAGGAGAAAAACUGUUAUCAAAAAACGCGCGUGUGAACGCGCUCUUGUAGUUAUCAUUUGUUUAAGACUAUUGAAAUAGUUCAAAAUAUAAUACUGUAUCACCCAUAAUUCAAACCUUAUAAAGCGUAAUGAAAUCAUGUUAUAUACAUAAUAUAAAGCCAGAUAUUCAGAGCGAAGUAUCAGUUUUGUUCGAAUUUAAAAGUAGAAUGAAACUUAAAUUCUUCUUUUAAACUUAUUGUUUAAACAAAGCAUGUCAUAAUAUUUUAGAUAAU